CUUCUUUCUCUAUCCUUGAUUCCUAUCAUCACUUUUUUCUGUUUCAUUUCACCCUUUUCAAAAUCUCUAAAUCACCAAAAUCUCUAAAUCACAUCAUAUCAGAUUCAAUCUUUCUCUUUUCUUCAAUUAUAUACUUUCAUCUUAUCCAUAUAAACCACAAUCAAUCAAUCCAUUCAUCCCACAACUUCUUCUUUUUUUUUUAUUUUCUCUCUCCUCAUCAACCUUCAACUACUUCCCCAAUUCUUUAUUCAAAAACCCAGAUUCUCUCUCUUCAAAAGAAAAAAAGAAAUUGAAGCUCAAAAAAGCAUAACAAUGUCUUCAACUACUCUUUCUGAAUUAGAACAACUUCAAUUACUUCAUAAACUCAACGUUUUUCGCAUCCAUGGCCGUGAUAAACGUGGUCGUAAAAUCCUCACUAUUCUCGCCAAAUUCUUCCCUGCGCGAAUUGUUAGCGUAGAAGUUGUGAAGAAAUACUUAGAGGAGAAAAUUUACCCUAAAUUGUUGAAAAAGGGGAUUUUCUCUGUCUUAUACAUUCAUACUGGUGUUGAAAGAGGAGAUAAUUUUCCUGGAAUUUCAGCCCUUAGAUCUAUCUUGGAUCAUAUUCCACCGUCCAUUCAAACUAAUCUUGAAUCCAUCUAUUUUCUGCACCCUGGAUUUCAGUCUCGUCUCUUUCUUGCUACAGUUGGUCGCAUCUUCUUCUCUGCUGGAUUCUACGGAAAGGUGAAGUAUCUAAACAGGGUGGAUUUUCUGUGGGAGCAUAUAAGGAGGAAUGGAAUAGAGAUUCCUGAUUUUGUGUUUGAUCAUGACGAAGACUUGGAGUACCGUCCGAUGAUGGAAUUUGGAUUAGAGAGUGAUCAUCCAAGGGUUUACGGCGCGCCAUCUGUCGAUUCGCCAGUGGCGACGUACUCUACGCGCUGCAUCUCGUAAUAAUACUAGAUCUGUCUCAUUAUUAAGAAGAAAACCCCAGAAAAAUAGCAACCAGAUUAUGGGAUAAUUUUGUGUUGAAGUUGGGUUUGAGUAUAUGUGGAAUUUAAGUGUUAGUUUUUAGUGUUUCUUUUGAAGUUUCUUCUUUUCCGUCCUUUUAUUUUUUUUGUGGGAAGAAAAGAGAGAAAAUUUGUCAUGAAAAAAAGGGUUUAUGAUUGCAUGUAAAUAUGUUAUGUUGAGUUUUAUCAAGAAAGAAAAAAAAAUAGUUAUGGA